GAAAAUCAGAGGCUCAUCUAAAAACCAUCAGAAAUUCACUGCACUGAACGAGGUUCCAAAUCGUGAUCGUACGAUACUAUCACCCACUUGACUUUCGCCAAAGGAAAUUACUUUUAUUUUUCUCUCAGUUCCUCUCAAAUCUCUACGACCUUUGAGUCGAAAGAUCAAGUAAUCCUAGGAUGUCCACAGAUGACCCAGAUCCCUCACUUUGAAAACUAUAGCGGUUACAACGCCUUUUGGUAUUGCUGCGGCGUUGCUGGUAAUGACUUAACAAUCAGAGAUUCAGUGACACUACUCAUGACACGGUACACACACUCCCAGUGGCGUAUUCUGUCCCCUCUUGAUAAGCAAUGGAGUUCCCCUUCGCCCGCAUUCUCGUUUUGGUGACGUUCUCCUUGCUCUGUGACGCAAAUGUGACGGAAGAGAAAGGAGACUCUAACGUGUCAUUACUCGCGGAAGCGAUUGAAAAGGGGUUCGAGAGGAUAUUACGGAGACUCGAAGAUCACCAAAAUAAACUGGCGACGCUUGACGAGCUCCAUCGAAAGGUAUCAGCCAUAACAGAACAGCUCGCGGAACUCAAAGACUACGCCAGGAGAGAAGAGGUCGAGUCGUUCUUCAACAAGACUGAGACAGAGCUACGCAAAAUAGGCGACGCUCUCCAUAAGUGUUCGACGGUGGACCAGGUGUCAGAAUUUCGCGACAUCAUGCAAGCGGACGAAUGCAAGGAAGAUACCCACGAAUGCAGUGAGUUUGCUCUGUGCAACGACAAACUGAUGAAGUACCACUGUACCUGUUUACCUGGAUAUUACGGAGACGGUUUCACCUGUCAAGAUGUGAAUGAAUGUGCAGAGGGCAACUUCGCCUGCAACAGAAACGAAAUUUGCGUCAACACCCAAGGUAGCUACCAGUGCAUAUGUCGAGACGGUUUCAUGAGGAUCAGAAAUUCGUGUCAAGACAUGACCUGCACGAGUCCCUCUCUAUUUCUACCCACGCUGGGCUGCAUCACCCCGGUCUUCACCAGAAUGAUCUGGGAGCAGGCUAGGGGCAUCUGCGAGGCCAUGGGCAAGAGGCUCCUUCAGGACAUUUCGGAAGGCGACCUCGAGACGCUAGGGCGCUACUUCGGGCCUCUGAUGGAAGACAGUCCUCAACCCUGGAUAGGCCUAAGGGAUUACCGGUGGAUCUCCAGCGAGGAGGAAGUCCCUGAAGACAUAUGGGCCGAAUCCACCCCGGGAGGAGGCUGCGGGAACAUCGAUCUCAGGCCCACCAAAUUGGGCGUGUGGGACGGGGGCUGUGAAUUCGAAGACUACGCCCUGUGUCAGUCUGUUUGAUUCGGAGCCGUUGGUGAAUCUGUUCGGAGAAAUGAAAGGAGAUUACGGUGACACUUUAACUCAACAGACAUGACUUUUGUACUUAUCAGCUACAAUGGGGUACAGUGACACCUCAAUUUACCGGACAUGACUUCUGUAUUAUCAGCUACAAUAGGAUACAGUGACAGCUCGACUUAAGAGACCUGACUUCUGUACUUAUCAGCUACAAUAGGGUACAAUAGUAUUAUGAUUUUUUUUCUAUGAUACCAUUAUAGUUGUCACAAAUAUUUCCAUAAAAAAUACUUAGCACUGAAUGUUUAUUUCAAAGUAAACGUUAGUUUAGGUCAGGAACUAGUAUAUACGGAAUUGCUGUUAACUGUAAAAACAUCUGGAAAAUGCUCAGGUUUAGGCCAUCAUACAGUGUCUUAGUAACCUAGUAUCUUUGUAACCUCGUUUAGGCCAUAAUACAGUGUCUUUGUAACCUAUCAGAAAACCAGACCCCAAACCCACCCACCACACCCGCCAAAGUGUCUGUUAAUUUGAAAUGUUACUGUAUCAGGUAUCGUUUAGUUACAACGAUGCUGAAUAUCUCUUAUCCCUGAAAUAAAAUAAUCCCACAUUCAGUUA